CAAGGCUAGAAAAGGUGUUCAAUGGCUAACAAGUUUCAAAUUCCAAGUUUUAACAUGAACAAUGAUGAAAUAAAUCAUGGAUGAUGCAACACGGAUAGUCCAGACUGUAGUAAUUUUAGAACAAGGUGGACCAGAAAUUACGGAACCCUACAUAGAGAUAACAGAGAGAAGUUUUUUCUUUGACCCAAACACGCUCAGUUUUCAAGAAGUUCAACCGACACCUGAUCACAUUGAUGAAUACUUGCACCAACAGAGAGGAGGGUUUGAAAUUGACGAACUAACGAUAGGUUAUUCAGGUAAACCAUCGACACGGUUGCACGACUUUGAGCCCACAUUUUCCUCAACGUCUCCACCUUCGGACUUUGAAACGACGGACUAUUUUGAUAGUUCUUCUCGAGUACCAAACCAAACUCGCUCAACCAAAAAUCAUACAUAUUGGAGGUUGCCAAAACACCUCACUGGCAUAAAACUGUUGUUUCCGGGGUUUAACUACCUCGGUCCAGGCAAUGAAGUUUACAAUGGCAUUCCAACUAACGAAGUGGACGAAGCUGCAAAAUCCCACGACGAUGAGUACGCUGAAGUGUUGAAGAAGUAUGUAGAAACCGGUGACAAGGACGCGGCCUUCCGAGAGUUUCAAGCGGCAGAUACAAGGUUUUUACAAAAAAUGGGAAAAAUCUUACCCAAGACCGUUACAGAGCAAUUAGGAAGAUUCGCAGGUAAGGUGGGGAUUACUGCUAAAAGGUUCGUCGAAGGCUGGCUAGGUCGCACGAUUUAUCCUGGUUUGGAUUGAAUAGAGUGAGUGUAGAGUAUUGAAGGAUAUUAAUAAAAGAUGACAAGGAAAAUAUAGAAAAUGUAUACUUCAACUACUUUUUUAAAAAAAU